CACAAUUGAAAGAAAAGGGGGAGAAAGAAGGUGGGUAUUAAAAGAGAGGAAAACCAAAAGAAGCAUGCACUUGGUAGUAUCUCAACAAAUGAUUAAAUUUAUCUAUAACCAUAAUAUUAAUAAUCCAUCCAUAUUCCAUCAUUAUUUAAUUUUUUAUUAAAAAGAAAAACAUUCUUAAUUCCCCAAAAUAACUUUUAUUGUUAUAAGAAGCUUAACGGCUUUCCAUCCUCUUCCCUAUUUUUCAAAAAAAAUAUAUAAAAAAAAUCCUCUGUUCUAUUACUGUCAAAACCUCCCCCCUAUAUAUAUCUGCAAACCUGCAUAUAUACAUAGACUCUGCUAUAUAUUACACAGAAAAUAUAAAAAUAAAAAGCUUAAUUACUUCCAAUAACAACAAAUUGAAACUGCCUAAUUUCCUCUUCCUUCAAUUAUCCAAUCAAAUCCUCUUUUCUCUUCCCCUAUUCUCUGUCCUAUCGUAUCAUACACCAGCAGCACCUCCUUGAAAACGCUGCGUUUCUUUUUUCUUUUUAUAUUAUAACCAACCUUAUAUUAUAAUUAUAUUAUAUAGUUGGGAGUUGCAUAGAUUAGUGAGAAGCUCUUGUGUAUAAAUACACCCAUGUACAGGUGAAUUUGUUCAAACACUACUGCAACUAACACAACAACAACGAACUUAGUUGUAGUAAAUACAGAAAAAAUGGGGAUGGAGAAAGUAUUCGUAAGAGAAUACUCAAUAGAGAGAGAUAGUAAGGAAGUAGAAGAAUUAGAGAGGAGAUGUGAAGUUGGUCCCACUUCUAAAAUUUCUCUGUUUACUGAUCUUUUAGGGGACCCUCUUUGCCGCAUACGCCACUCCCCUGCUUUUCUUAUGCUGGUAGCGGAAGUAGUGGAAGAAGACGAACAAGGGAAGGAAAAACGAGUGAUAGUGGGAAUGAUUAGAGGUUGCAUCAAAAUCGUUACUUGUGGUAAAAAAUUAACUCGAUCUUCCAAAUCUACCCUUUACGAGAAUCACGACUCUCCUAAAAUUACUGCUAUUCUCACCAAACUCGCCUAUAUCUUAGGCCUUCGUGUUUCCCCUUCACACCGGAGAAUGGGGAUAGCGUUAAAAUUGGUGAAUAAACUCGAAGAAUGGUUUCGCCAAAGUGGUGCGGAAUACUCGUAUUUAGCUACGGAAAAUGAUAACCAAGCUUCACUCUCGUUGUUCACUAAAAAAAGUGGCUACACCAAGUUCAGGACACCGUCUAUAUUAGUCCAACCAGUUUUUGAACAUCGAGCUAAGGUCUCUAAACGGGUGUCCAUCUUUCGUGUUUUGCCUUCUGAUGCCGAAAUUCUCUACCGCUACAAGUUCACCACCACGGAGUUUUUUCCGCGGGACAUCGACGUGAUCUUAAAAAAUCCUCUUAGUCUUGGCACGUUUGUUGCCGUGACACGUGGACAACACGCGCUGGACUUGUGGCCUGGGGCGGAUGAGUUUUUGUCUAAUCCGCCCGAGUCGUGGGCGAUUAUCAGUGUUUGGAACUGUAAUGAUCUUUGGAGAUUGGAAGUACGUGGCGCUUCGCGCGUGGGCAGAGGGUUGGCUAAGACAAGUAGGAUUAUGGACCGGGCUUUUCCUUUUUUAAAAAUCCCAUCUUUUCCGGAGGUUUUUAAGCCAUUUGGGCUUCAUUUUUUGUAUGGGCUUGGGGGUGAAGGCCCAGAAGCUGUGAAGCUUGUUAAGGCUUUAUGUGGAUUUGCUCAUAACUUGGCCCAAGAAAAAGGGUCCAGUAUUGUGGCUACUGAAGUAGCUAACAGCGAUCCGCUAAAAGCUGGAAUCCCUCACUGGAAAAAGCUGUCUUGUGACGAAGAUAUAUGGUGUAUUAAGAGACUUGGGGAAGACUACAGUGACGGAUCUGUGGGUGACUGGACUAAGUCACCGCCCGGUGUAACUAUUUUCGUUGAUCCUCGUGAGUUGUAGACUCUUCAGAUGUUAGUUAGUUUUAGUUAGUUAGUUUAUCGUAGUUUCUAACUUAUCUCAAUUAACAAUUUAAAAAAAAAACAAACGGAUUUUCGUGUUUUUUUCGUUAAUAAUCUUUAGGAUUUUAGCGAUUAAAUUGGAAGAAAAUGAUAUGAUCAGUUUUAGCAAAGUGGUGUAGUGUUGUAACGUUAAAGUAGGGGGUAUAUGAGUAUAUCCUUUGUUCUGUAUGUUCACCCUUUAAUUUCUUUGUUUUGAUUUGUCCUUCUUGUAAAUGGAACUAUGGAAGUGGCUUUUUUUUUUUUUUUA